CCGCCCCUCCGUUCCCUACGUGCACCCAACACGAACGCCACCGGUCGCUCGCUCGGCUUCGAAACAGAGAAACCCAUCGCAAGGAACCUCAGCAUUUGCGUUUUCUCUCUCUCUGCUCGGCUCGCUACGGCGGGCUAAGUUUGUCAUUUUGAGAGGCUCUGCAGAGAGAGAGAGAGAGACCGAGCUUUUUGCUUUGUUUCUUUCGGUUUAAUUCGAGUUUUCAGGAAGCUCAAGAUUGAAAUAAGAGAAAAGAGAAAUGGCCGUUUCUAGGAUUUCUUCCGGAGUUGUGGCUGUUGUCGCCGUCUUUUUUGCUGUUAUAGUCUUGCCUGCCGUUCAGGCUCAGUCCCUCGCUCCCACUCCUGCCCCUACAAGUGACGGGACGUCCAUUGACCAAGGCAUUGCCUAUGUGCUGAUGUUGGUGGCGUUGGCGCUCACGUACCUGAUCCACGCUGCGGACCUGCUCUACAGCUUCUAAACUCGACACCAAUGGCCAUGGUAUUAUGGGGAAUUUAGAUAUGGAAGGAGUUUUAAGAGUAGGGCUUUCAAUGUGUGUGAGUGUGGAUGUGUUUUACCCUUUUAACUUGAUGGGUCUGGGUGUGUAUGUAGCGUUCUGACUUUUGACAAUUGGUGUUGGGAUCUCUGGCUCUUGCUAAUUACGCUGGUAUUCUACUUGACGCCUGUCCCAUUCAUUCUCUUCCAUUUCUAAUAUGUGGAUUUUCAUGUUGUCACUUCGUCUUUUUCGCCUUCUUUUGCUUUCUCGUCAUUUCUCUAACUGUUAAAACUUGAAAUGGGAAAUACAGACUUGAUUGAGAAAUGCUAUUAGUUGUCCUUCCAUGAUUA